GACAGUGGAAAAAAAUAACCGUCAGCUUGGCGAACGGCUAGCGACGAAAAUGACGGAGCAAGCAGCAGCGCUACCGGCGACUCCUGGCCCGGUUACGGCAGCUCCACCAGCGGCUACCUUCACCAUCAAGCCACCGGAACCGUUCGACUUCGCAAAGCCCCAAGAAUGGGAGAAGUGGAUCAGACGUUUCGAGCGUUUCAGAAUGGCAAGUAAUCUGAAUGGUUCAACUGAUGCUAACCAAGUGAACACAUUAGUAUACUGCAUGGGAGACGAGGCUGACGACGUGCUAAGGGGACUAGACCUAACAGACGGGCAGCGCCAGCAGUACGAUGCGGUCAGAAACGCAUUUGACAGACAUUUUGUCCCCAGAAAGAAUGUGAUUUAUGAAAGAGCAAAGUUUAAUAAGCGAGUACAACAGCCAGCGGAAACAGUUGACUCCUUCAUAACAGCUCUAUAUGCUCUCGCUGAAAACUGUGAAUAUGGUGAACUCCACGAUGAACUUUUGAGGGAUAGGCUCGUUGUGGGUCUUAAAGAUUCAUCACUGUCGGAGAGAAUGCAGCUCAACAAAGAUUUGACGCUAACCAAAGCUAUCACAAUGGCGAGACAAUCUGAGGAAAUAAAAAGACAGCAAACUG